ACGCGCGCGCAGUAGCUCCUAAUACUAGGUUAUGAACACACGCGUUCCAAAUUUAAAAUAGUUAAAAAUGUCGACAACUUCAGUGAACUUGAAUGAGUUGGACUCAAAUGGAAUAAAACAGUUUUUGGAUUCAUUUGACCACGUGUUCUCCGAUUGCGACGGUGUCUUAUGGAAGAAUGGGCCGCUACCAGGGUCAGGGGAGUUUAUUGAGCUGAUGAAGAAGAUUGGAAAGACUGUGCACUUUGUAUCAAACAAUAGCAUACGGACCAAAGAAAAUUAUGAGAACCAGUUCAAGUCGGCUGGCAUUAAAGAUGGUUUUGAAAAUCUAACAAUCCCAUCGACUGCAAUAGUGGAAUUCUUAAAAUCGCGCAAUUUCAAUAAAUCUGUGUACUGUGUGGCCUGUCCUGAAACCAAACGGAUUCUGAGGGCAGCAGGCUUCAAAGUUUUAGAUGGGCCAGAAACAGCACCAGAUUUUGGAGAACUUGGACAGUUUUGCAAAGACGACCCUGAAGUAGGGGCCGUGGUGCUAGACUGUGAUACAAACUUGAACCUGCCAAAACUGUACAGAUCAGUGACAUACAUUCAGAGAGACGAUGUACUAUAUCUAAGCGGAGCCACUGAUACCCAUUGGGUGCUAGGCACUGGCCAUGUAAUGUUAGGUGCGGGAUUUUUCACCAGCCUAGUUUGUCAGGAGUCGAAACGGGAUCCGACACUACUGGGAAAGCCUGGGAAAAUAUUCGGAGAGUUUGCGAUGCGACGAGCAGGGGUCACUGACCCUAGUAGGGUACUUUUUAUUGGAGACAUGAUCGCCCAAGACGUAGGUCUAGGAAAGUCAACCGGCUUCAAAACUCUUCUUGUACUUACCCACCAUACUGUAGAAGAUGCGCUGGCGCAAGACGAACUCAGACCGGACUACUACGCUGAAACCCUCGGAAGCGUCUUGCCUUUAUUAAAGAAAUUUUAUAAAUUAUAAUUUUAAUAUAAAAUUAGUAUGAGUGAUGAAUGUUUAGAAAAUAGGAGAACGAAAGAGUCUUUAUGGACUGUAAAAAAUCUAUAAAUGUAUAGAAUAUGAUUCCCCGGGAAAUAAGACGCUAAAUCUGAAGUGUGUGUGUUUAUAUAUUUCAAUUGUGAUUUCAUUUGUUAAACAUAUUUUUUUUAAAUGUGGGUGUUAUGACUCUACGAUGUAUGUAGCUUGGAUAAAGUAAUGAUUUUACUUAAGUAAUUUGUAAUAGGAGUUUAUGUUUUCAAGUAUACGUACUUAAAGUGUCAAA